CGGCGAUAAUCUACAGCAGUCAGAGAUAUGUAUACGUUUAAUAUUCCGAAAGGCAGGUAGGUGAUGAGAAAGUGUCAUUCUGCUUGGAGAAAAUCCUGAUAUCAACUAAUAUCGUUGUACAGGUGAUGGGUGAAUCUGUAUGCACCUCAAAGCGCGUCGGCAGUUGCUUAAACCCGGCUAUCAGCAGAUUUAUACUUUUAGCUACAGGCACAAAAACUUGAGCAAGAUGUCUAAGAAAAGAUGAGUGUUAGAUUAUAGUUAGGGCUUGGGUAAACCUCGGAAAAAAUUUGAAUUAUUUAGAUUAAUGUGAUCAGAUCAGAAAGUGCAAACAUUGUUCAUAAUCUUUGGUCUGUUUUUCUUUGCAGUCCACAUUGAAUAUUCUUCUUUUUGAUAUUAAUACUAUACUUGUAAACUGAUGACAAAUGGCAAAUAUUCAAUGCAUCAGGAUAUAUUUCCUAGUUUUAGUUACAUCCGGAGCGAAAGCGAUCUUGGUUUACAAAGUCGCAAAGAAAUCUGCGCCUCGCAACCGACUGCGUUAAAUAUUACUAUUAUUAUAGAUAUUUCAAUCAAGUAUGUCCAAUUGAGAAGUGAACCAUGAUUGCGAAAUAUAUUCUGGUUCAUGUAUGACAUAGAGAUAAAUAUGGCUGAUGUGGUCUCAAGAAUUGCCCAAUUUAUCCAUUCACAGUCUUACGCACGUUUCAAUUUCUGAGCGGAAGUAUUUGAGUUGAAAUUAUUUGAAUUUUCCUCUAUGGGGUCAUUCAAGUAUUGCAAUUACUGAAUUUUCAACCCAAAUCACAUAGAAACUGAUAUGAAAGGCACUUGGUCUAUACACUGAAUGAAAUGACGUUACGCUUAGUACGCACCCAAUAAGAUUGGUGAACGACAUCUUGGCGCUUUCUGGUAUUCGUUGCCAAAUCAAUAAUCUAUGGUUGCCAACAUCACUAUCAGUAUGUAUAUGUAGUAAACAAUCUGAUUUUAAAUACUCGCCGUAGUCUUUCGUGUGAUAAAUCAGAAAAAAAAAAUUAGCCAAAUAGUUUGUUUGUUUUAUUUAAAAAAACAGGAGGCGAUGACACUAAUUUUUUUUAAAACAAACAUAUCAGUCGUCAGUGUACUAAGUACCGUUUGCAUAUAUUACUUCUAAAUAUAUUGGCGUUGUAUAUCCGAAUUGGAAAUAUCAUAACCAUUUGAUAAACAUGCAAGAACAGUUGAAUCAAAUGAUCAGGCAGCAGUCAGAACAAUUUUAAGUUUGUAGUGUAAAUCACAGGCAGAGGUAACUUUACAGGUUAAAAACUUAUCAUGUUUUGUAAGAUUGGAAUAUUCAGUGAGAAGAUAGAUGUUAUAACGUCAUUUUCACGUGAUGAUAAAUAGCAACAAAAGUUACCUCGGGUUUUUGGAUUCUAUAUCAUUUUAAAAUCAAAAUUUACGAAAAGUGUCUGCUUUCGCAUUAAUUAAGUUAGUUGAAAUUUAUUUUUGAUUUAUGCAUGUGAAGAUACUCAGUGAGAAACAUUGGGGAGACGUUUCAAUAAAAACUCCUUAAUGUUUUUGAUCCGUGGAAUGAUCGAAAUUAUUGUGCAACUAAUAUUUACUGCUUAUUAAUAAAUUAUAUGUUGACAGUGUUGAGAAAGCCGUAAUAAUGAUCAUUCCAAUAAUAUUUUCGAUAAUAGUAUUUCAAUCAGCAUCCUUCUGCGUUGGUUAUGAGAAUGUAACAUUCGAAUCGGGAAUGCAAGAGGGCGAUGUAAUAGAGUUAAGGGGUCGUCUAUCAUCGCAAUCAAGACCCUUUUUGGUAGAAUUGGCUUCCGUAGACCAACGUAAUUACUACCUGAGAUUUUUUGUUCAAGGAGUGAGACGACGGUUUGAAAUACGGUCUACGUAUCCUGGACUAGUUAAGAAAGUCAUCCCGUCUUCAACUGUUCAACGAGGAAGUGAAUUCAAAUUUUUUCUGAGAUUUCACAACAACGCUUUAAUUUUCGAGUAUAAUGAGAAGCAUGUCAUGGAAUUGCCCGUGAAUCAUCCGAUCCGAAUUGCAAAUAUUAGAGGGCAGUAUAAGAGGGCUGCGAUUACAAAAGCCAAAUGGUAUCAAUAUUACUGUAAUAGCGCACCAGUAACUAACUGCGGGCGCACAAUCUAUAAUAGUCGUAUUGAAAAGGGUCUCUGUCAAGCAAAGGUCGUUGGACCUCUUCAGCGAAUUGUAGGCGGCGCGCCAUCUAAUGCGGGCGAACACCCAUGGCAGGUAUCAUUUCGAAAAAGAGAUGCCAACGCAGGUGAACAUCCUCAUGUUUGUGGUGGAGUUUUGAUUGACAGUUGCUGGGUACUUUCAGCCGCACACUGUUUUAUUCAGGAUUCCGCUAGUGACGAUUUUGUAGUCCGAGUCGGAGAUUAUUAUAAUAGAGAUGACACUUCUUCUAAAUACUACAAAAGUUAUGAAAAUUCUGAGGAAUUCAAAAUAAAACAAGUACAUAGACAUUAUCAGUUUUGGACGUACCCACAGCCGAGAUAUGAUAUAGCUCUUGUUCAUCUGAAAUCCAAAACAGGCGAUGGAAGAUGUGCUCAAUUUGGGUCAUUUGUGCAGCCGAUUUGCUUGCCGACGAGUACAGAAGAGUUUAUCCCACCGCAAGAAUGUGUCAUCACUGGAUGGGGAGCAACAAAAUUCAAGCAAGACAAAAGAGAAUAUCCAGGUUGUUUGCAGCAGGCCGGAGUUUUUCUCAUACGCGAUUCCAGAUGCAAAUACGAUUAUCCGGAUAAUAAAGCUGGGCCUAUCAUCUUGGAUUCAAUGCAGUGUGCAGAGGCACCACAAAAUAACGGUAGAGCCGAUUCGUGCCAGGGAGACAGUGGUGGUCCUCUGACAUGUACUCCGAAUUCGGGAUCUCAGGCGGGCCGAUCAGUGGUGUGGGGACUGACUAGUUUUGGUGACGAAUGCGGGAAAAUGUACGGCGUAUAUACGAAGGUGGCAAGUUUUUUGGAUUGGAUUCAAGAGGAAAAGAAAAAGAUGUGCAAAUUCAAUCCUUUCGAGCAGUAACAAAAUUGAUAUUGUCAGGAAUUGUAAUGGAUUUUUCUGCGAGCAUCGACUUGAUUGUUUAUAUCUGUAACUAUGUCCAAUCAUCAAUAAGUUGACGGUGGUGAAAACAACCAAUUUAUGCGCAGUCACUCAGAGACGCUUUUUUACUUCAAUUGUCGCGCAUGUUUCGUUUUCGUGGUUUUGCGUGCUUAAUGUUAGUUUUUAGUCGUGUUUCUAAAACGUAUUUAUGAUUCAAAUAACCCAAUAGUUAUUGUGUCUCUAGAUAAGUUUUGUUUUAGUUGCAUGAGUAGUUGAAUAUUUCGAAUCAAAAUGAUCGUCAUAAACAUGCAAACCAAUUUAAUAUUGCCAUCACGCCGAAACAUCCCUUACAAUCCAUUUCAAAUUUUCCAAUGGUAAAGUAUAGGAAGAAAUUUAUGUAGAAUCUGACACGCAUUCGAGAAACUUAAGCUGAGUUAUACAGAGUAAAAAUAAAAAGAUGAUUGUUUUAUACUUUUAAUUCUUUAUAUAAAUGCAUGUAUAUUAUUGGAGGAUCAUCGAAUACAUACUGUUUAUAUAUCAAGAACAAUUAUAAUAAAGCAGUCGCAUAUUCGAGCUCAGCCGCAACAGGUCUAUUCUGUAGGUAGUAGAUAUAAUGUUUUUUCAAAACAACAACUGUCUGUCGCAAUCCCCUUCAGCAAACUCUGUCGAAUUUUCUAAUAUAAUUGGAAUAAUAUCAAAUUACUCCGACUACGAUUAUUAUCAUUAAACUUUAAAAUGACAAAUAACUAGAAGUUAAAUCUGACCUCGAUCAUUAUUAGGACAUAGGUGUCUGAGUCUGAUAAAAUCGAAUGAAUGAAGUGUCGACUAAAAACUAUAGGGAUGCGCUAUUUGGCACAAUAACUGUGCGCAGUGAGAAGAUGUAUUCCUCACAUCAAUCUGCUGACGAGGAUAUACAAUUGCAGCCGAUCUCAUUAUAUAUAUAUUGUGUUUUGUUAUUUCAUUGCUUGUUCUUCUCGUGACUUUGCUGACACAUAUAUUGCAUUUAUGUAUGAACUGUAAUGACAGUACGAACUGCUCAAGUGGUACAUUAUUCGAAAAAGGUUGGAAACCACCGCAGUAAACACUGAAUUUGCAUUCGGAUCUCAUCCUAUGCAAUGACUAAUGAUAAAAGUAGAAAGAGUGACG